AUGCUUGCUUCUCUUCCUUCCAUUGUCUCAGCGCUAGCGAAGGAGGCUGACGAGUCUAGCAAGAAGCCUGUUGAGACCUCCAUCAAUGACCUCGUAGGUAAUCUAACUGAAGCUCCUGUCGCUACUCUUGAUGCAAGCUCUGGAUCUGGUUCAGGAGCUGGAGGCAUCACACGAGCCAUUCCCGCAUCCAGCGGUGCCAGUGCUGCUGCUACCGCCAUCCCUGUUUCUGGCGAAUUCGAUGGCAAAAUUACAUACUAUGAUCGUUCCCCGGCCAUAUGCUAG